UUAAACUUCUCGCGCGAUAGAUUGAUCUCUCUCUUCCGCACUCGUGAAUAUCGUUCAUUCUUUUUCUCUUAUAAUAUAUAAUAAUUAAAAAUAAUAAAUUCCCCCAAACUAUUCUUUCAUUUCCCCCUCUCUUUCUCUCCCUCCGCAACUCCUUCGUCGUCGCACCACAAUCGCCACCGUCUGCGGCUCCCUCCGCCCGACGACAUGUCACAGAAGUUCGGAAAAUCCACUCGCCGCCCCGGCGCGUCCUCCAAAGCCAGGGUUUAUACCGAUGUCAACGUCGUUCGCCCCAAGGAAUAUUGGGACUACGAAACCCUCACCGUUCAGUGGGGGGAGCAGGAUGAUUAUGAGGUAGUGAGGAAGGUGGGUAGAGGGAAAUACAGUGAGGUGUUUGAAGGUGUUCACUGUACUGAUAAUGAAAAAUGUGUCAUUAAGAUCCUCAAACCUGUGAAGAAGAAGAAGAUCAAGAGGGAAAUCAAAAUAUUACAGAAUCUUUGCGGAGGGCCCAAUAUUGUAAAGUUGCUUGACAUUGUUAGAGACCAGCAGUCAAAGACCCCAAGUCUCAUAUUUGAAUAUGUCAAUAACACUGAUUUUAAAGUACUUUAUCAUACACUGUCAGACUAUGAUAUAAGAUAUUAUAUCUAUGAACUCCUAAAGGCAUUGGAUUAUUGCCAUUCACAAGGAAUCAUGCAUCGGGAUGUAAAGCCCCAUAAUGUAAUGAUUGACCAUGAGCAGCGUAAGCUUCGCCUUAUAGACUGGGGACUUGCAGAGUUUUAUCAUCCUGGGAAAGAAUAUAAUGUUCGCGUUUCCUCGAGAUAUUUCAAAGGUCCGGAGCUUCUUGUUGAUCUUCAAGACUAUGAUUACUCUCUAGAUUUGUGGAGUCUUGGUUGUAUGUUUGCUGGGAUGAUAUUCCGGAAGGAGCCCUUCUUUUAUGGACAUGAUAACUAUGAUCAACUGGUCAAGAUAGCCAGGAUACUUGGGACAGAUGAAUUAAAUGCAUAUUUGAAUAAGUAUCGUAUUGAGUUGGACCCGCAUCUUGCAGCACUUAUUGGGAGGCAUAGCCGGAAGCCAUGGCAAAGGUUCAUCAAUAUUGAAAAUCAACACUUGGCUGUUCCUGAGGCUGUUGACUUUGUUGACAAGUUACUACGGUACGAUCACCAAGAACGGCCCACUGCAAAAGAAGCCAUGGCCCAUCCAUACUUCAAUCCAGUUCGAAGUGCAGAAAGUAGUAGAACUCGGACACAUUGAGUUGCUGAUGCUUGUUGUAAUAUGGUGCUCACCUUUGAUCAGGGGCUUUCCCUAGAUGUCUGAACUUUUAUUUUUGGUGAAACUUGCUUUUAGGAGAUUCUGCCCCUUUCUGUUGUAAAACUCAAUUUCUUUAGCUCUUGCCCGACUCACCUUUUGAUUCUGAUUUUGUUAUUUUGGUGAGAAAUUCAGCUCUCAACAAUUUCAUUUUGAUUGCGUGCUCCAAAUUUGGGAAUGGAAUCUUGAUUCAAUUUGAGUUGAAGUUUGCUUUUUUC